AUGUGGAGACUCAGCUUGCUCAUUUCAGCCGUCUGCCUAACAGGCAGCUGGUGUCAAUACGCUCCUGACCAGAUCACUUCACUCCCGGGACUCACAGAGACUCUCAAUUUUAGGCAGUGGUCUGGAUAUCUGGAGGCAAGCCCUGGGACGUAUUUAUAUUACUGGUUUGUGGAGUCUCAGAAUAACCCUGCCACUGAUCCCCUGGUGCUUUGGCUGAAUGGGGGGCCAGGGUGUAGUUCGCUGGAAGGCCUUCUUGCAGAAAAUGGACCUUUUCUUCUUAACAAUGAGGUAACCCUCUCCAUGAAUGAAUAUAGCUGGAACAAGGCAGCCAAUAUGCUGUAUUUGGAGUCUCCAGCUGGUGUGGGAUUCUCAUACUCAACAAGUCAGAACUACCAGAUCAAUGACCCACAGGUUGCCGAAGAUAACUACCAGGCUCUCCUGAGUUUCUUUGCCAAGUUUCCCUCGUUCACCAGCAAUGAUUUCUAUAUCUUUGCAGAAAGCUAUGGAGGAAUUUAUGCACCAACACUCAGCGAGAAAAUUGUCAGUGGGUCAACCAGAUUUAAUUUCAAGGGAAUGGGUAUUGGAAAUGGGAUGGCCAGUUAUAGCUUGAAUGACGAUUCACUGAUGUAUUUUGGAUACUACCAUGGCCUGUUUGGAGACAACAUGUGGGCCCAGUUAAACCAGUAUUGCUGCUCUGAAGGAUCUUGCAACUUCUAUAACAAUAGUGAUGGCAACUGCAUUUAUGUUGUUUCUCAAGCCACUUACCUGAUUGAGGACAUUGGUCUGAACAUCUACUCCCUGUACUCAGAGUGCUGGGGAGGAGUGGCCUAUCAAAAUCGGUACUUAGCUGAUGUUUCCAAUCUUUUCCGGCAGUAUAACUUUGACAUCCCUGCUCCUAUUGAUGCCACCAUUCCUGGAGUUCCUGCCUGUCUCAAUGGUACUGCAAUGUACAUCUGGUUGAAUGAUCCAGAGGUAAGGGAGGCGUUGCACAUCCCAGCCACAGUGCAGACCUGGGAGCUGUGCAGUCCUACAGUGCGUAAACUGUACCAGAGGACCUACCACGACAUGACCCCCUUCUAUAAGUACCUGCUCGGGGCGAAUCUGCGCAUUCUGGUUUACAACGGAGAUACAGACAUGGCCUGCAACUUCAUUGGGAGCAAGUGGUUUGUGGAGGCUCUGAAUCAGCAGCUUGUGAGUGACUACCAGCCGUGGUAUUACCAAAACCAGAUUGCGGGUUACUAUGAACAGUACAAUGGUAUCACUUUCCUUACUGUUAAGGGUGCUGGUCACAUGGUCCCCCAGUAUAAACCUGGACCUGCCCUGCAGUUGUUUGAGUCUUUCCUCCAAAAUAAAUACUCGUAA